AUGUGGCUACUGGAGAAGCUCCGUAGCUCUGUGGAGAGUAGUGGGACACAGUCCCAGCCCCCGCAGACAACAGAGGCCAUUCCUGUCUCUGUUUAUGCCAACGUUCUCACUCCAGACAAAAUCCCUGAUUUCUUCAUUCCCCCUAAACUCAUCUGUUGUCCACCAGAUGAGUCUCUUCCCUCAGAGCCUCAGCUCUGCUCCACCCUGCGACCUUCCUCCUCUGAUCAUGCCAUCUGCAGCCAGAGCCCCAGGGCUCGGAGCAGCAAGAACCCCUGCAGCCCCCGCCUCUUUUCCCGCUUGGGGGGAGACACGCGCAAUCUGCAGAAGUCAGCCAACCGUCACAUCAUCCAAAUAGAGAGCGCUGAUGAGCCAGGUGCCGGAUCUGUGGACAGGGUCAGCAUUGAAGUCAACACUAAUGCAGACCCCCAGUCACAGACUGCAAUGUCUCUUCCAUAUGUUCCCAAAGCUCAGACCUCCUAUGGCUUUUCCACCCUGGUGGAGUCUCCUCACACCCGGCGCAAGGAGAGCCUGUUCCACAGCGACCCCAGCAGUCCGCUCACCUCCCCAAACUCACAGAGGCGCUCCCAAGGGGGAACUUUACUGGCUCCAGCUGACCCCAACCCCUACCGCUACUUCAGUGGUGGAGAGAGUGACACCUGCUCCUCAGCAGAGUCAUCCCCUUUUAACUCCCCUCUCCUGUCCCGCUCUGCCUCUCUCCUACGGUCCAUUACCCAGGAGACACAAGCCAAGGUGUCUCGUGCCAAGCGCUCCCUGGCACGCCACAGUUCUCUCUCCACUGAUGAAUGCAGCUCAGCAGACAACAGCCCCAACAUGCAGCGCCGUCGCAUGCGCUGCCCUCCCUCUCCUGCCUUCCGUGGAUGUAAAAGCAGUGGCAUGAGGGGCACUGCAACGCACCUCCUGCAGCGCGAACAUACCAUCAACCUCCACAAGGGGGGGACACUGAGGCUGAGCACUCAUUAUGAUCCAGAAGCAGCCCGGCUGAGGGUGCGUGUGCUCGCAGCUGAGGCCCUUUACGACAGGCAGACAGAUCUUAAAAGCAUUAACUGCUGUGUAGCACUCUACCUGAACCCCGGCAAGCAGCAGAAACAGAGGAGCACCAUCAUCAAGAACAGCAGGAAUCCGGUAUUCAACGAGGACUUUUUUUUUGACGCACUGCCCCAGGCACAAGUAAAGAGUCUGGCCAUGAAGAUAAAGGUAGUGAACAAAGGAACCAGUCUGAAGAGAGACGUGCUUCUAGGAGAAAGGGAGGUGCUGCUCAGUGAGCUGCUCGAAGGCCUCUAG